AUGUCCGUCACAGCGAAGAACUUCUACCGCCGUCCGCUUCCGGAGACGUGCAUUGAGUUUUCGAGUGAACUUGGCAAGAAGCUGUUCACUGAAGCUCUCCUCCAAGGUUGUGCAAACAUUUAUUUUAAGCUCGCGUCACAGUUUCGGACACAAGAUGAGCCCGCGUAUUGCGGAUUGAGCACACUAGGUCAGUUUUGGUAUAUAAAACUUUUUUCAUGUUUGCAUGAUUUCAGUGAUGGUUCUGAAUGCAUUGGAAGUGGAUCCGGAAAAAGUGUGGAAAGCACCGUGGAGGUUUUAUCACGAAACGAUGCUCGAUUGUUGUGUUCCUCUGGAAAACAUCAAACGGUGAGUCACGCUACUAGUCGCAUUUUAAAAAUCGCUCCGUUUCGUUCAGAUCUGGUAUAACUCUCCAGCAAUUUACAUGUUUAGCCACUUGUAAUCGGCUGAAAGCAUCCAUCAGUUAUGGCGAAGAAUCUGGAGGUUAACUCACUUGAAUUCUUUGACUUUUCUCCAUUUCCAUUUCAGAUUUCCUCCAGAAGUUCCGAAAUUCACUCGUCACUUCUGUCAAAAGCGACGAUCAAGUUCUCGUGGCCAGCUACGAUCGGAGUGUUCUCGGACAGACGGGAUCCGGACACUUCUCUCCUCUCGCCGCCUAUCACGCCGAUUCCGAUCAGGUUCUGAUAAUGGAUGUGGCUCGGUUCAAGUAAGGAUGCCAACCAGAUACCUAAUCAACUCCACUCUUGCAGAUAUCCCCCUCAUUGGGUCAAGCUGGAAUCCCUCCAGAAGGCACUCUGCUCCGUAGAUACAUCAACAAAGAAACCACGCGGGUUUGUGGAACUUGAAUUGAAAAAAGGCACGCGGCCGCUGAUAAUGUACGGACUGAAGGCCUACGUAAACGUGAACGAUUCGAACUUUGCCACAUCGGUCGUCUCGUGGAUGGAGUUCCUUCUGUGCGAUCCGCUAGAAAACGAAGAAGAAGAGUUCCAAUUGUCCUGCCGGAAGUUCGGUCAAUGCUUCACCCCACACGCUCUGUGCUGCACCCAGAAGACGUUCGACGCCGAUCAGAAAAACUCGUGUGCCGAGUGCUCGACCGACCAGAACGAGGCGUGUCGCAUGAUUUGCGCAGAGAUUCGGAGGACGCGGUUUGCGGAGGUGUUCUCGAGUUCGGCGGUGGCCGCACUUCUCGUCGCCUGGCCUUUCGAACACGGAUUCUCGGAAAGAAGCGAUCGGAUGGGCGACCUGGCCGCAGAGUAUAAGAAGGGAUUCUCAACGGAAACCACUAAUGAAAUCAGUGAGCGCAAUUCAAUUCUGCAUCCAGUUUGUGUUCCAAAAACGUUACAGACCAACUGACAACUCAGAUCCGCACCCUAAUCUGUUGUUCGAAACCGCCCGUUAUUAUCAACAUUAACAAGUCGGAAACUCAAGUUGUGAAGUGCUCCAAGAGUAAGAUUGGAGAGUCUUGUGCGUGCGAAAACGAUGUUCACUUGUAG